CCCACGGCGCGGCGCCCCCCGCCCCGCCCGCGCUGCGGAGAAUGGGCACCUCGGGCUGCCGGGCGCCGCAGGAGGAUAGACCCCGGUGAUCACCGGCUCUGCCCGCGCCACCACCAUGUCCGUGGCCUUCGCGUCCGCGCGGCCGAGAGGCAAAGGAGAGGUCACGCAGCAAACCAUUCAAAAGAUGCUGGACGAGAACCACCACCUGAUCCAGUGCAUCCUGGACUACCAGAGCAAGGGCAAGACGGCGGAGUGCACCCAGUACCAGCAGAUCCUGCACCGGAACCUGGUCUACCUGGCCACCAUAGCCGACUCCAACCAGAACAUGCAGUCGCUGCUGCCCGCCCCGCCCACCCAGAACAUGAACCUGGGCCCCGGAGCACUGAGCCAGAGCGGUACCAGCCAGGGCCUGCACCCCCAAGGCAGCCUCAGCGACGCCAUCAGCACAGGCCUGCCCCCGGCCUCCCUCAUGCAGGGCCAGAUCGGCAAUGGUCCCAGUCACGUGUCCAUGCAGCAGACGGUGCAGAGCACCCUGCCCACAACUUCCAUGAGCAUGUCUGGUAGUGGCCACGGCUCGGGACCUGGUUACAGCCACUCGGGACCUGCCUCUCAGAGCGUCCCCAUGCAGGGCCAGGGCGCCAUCAGCAACUACGUGUCUCGGACCAACAUCAACAUGCAGUCCAACCCAGUCUCCAUGAUGCACCAGCAGGCGGCCACAUCCCACUACAGCUCUGCGCAGGGCGGGAGCCAACACUACCAGGGCCAGUCGUCCAUGGCCAUGAUGGGCCAGGGCGGCCAGGGCAGCAGCAUGAUGGGGCAGCGGCCCAUGGCGCCCUACCGGCCCUCCCAGCAAGGCUCUGCGCAGCAGUACCUGGGCCAGGAGGAGUACUACAGCGAGCCGUACGGCCACAGCCAGGCCGCCUCGGAGCCCAUGAGCCAGCAGUACUACCCCGAGGGCCACAGUGACUAUGCCUACCAGCAGUCGUCCUACUCGGAGCAGAGCUAUGAGCGCUCCUUCGAGGAGUCCACGCAGCACUACUACGAGGGGGGGAACUCCCAGUACAGCCAGCAGCAGGCUGGGUACCAGCAGGGCACCGCCCAGCCGCAGACCUACUCCCAGCAGCAGUACCCCAACCAGCAGAGCUACCCUGGGCAGCAGCAGGCCUACGGGCCUGCCCAGAGUGCCCCCUCACAGUACUCCAGCUACCAGCAAGGACAAGGCCAGCAGUACGGGGGCUACCGAGCAUCGCAGACGGGACCCUCUGCCCAGCAGCAGCGGCCUUAUGGCUAUGAGCAGGGCCAGUACGGAAACUACCAGCAAUGAAGGACCCGUGUUCUCGUUGGAGCCUGGUGGGAGUGUGUCUGGGCGCUGGACAGCUGUGGUGGUUCUGAUGAACUGUGCCAUGUUGCUGGCCCCUCACCCAGCGCCGUGCCUGCAUGUGAACGUGCCCACCUUAUGUUGGGUACGAAGCCACCUGCACCUCUGGUGCAAGACAGCACUGUGCUGGGACCUGGGGUGCCGUGUGUGGUGUUGUAUGUCAGUGCGAUGGAGCAGUUGUCCCAUUUCUGCCCCCCACCCUCUUUUCCGUGUUCCUAGCUAGUUUUGGGGGUCAUCUCAUCCUCAGUGUUCUGUGCCUGGGGAUGGGACAUAGCUGAAAGGUGCCACGGUCCUCGUGUUCACAUGAGCAAGCUGGGUCUGCUCCCUCCCGUUGGGUGUGCUGUGGCCGGAGCAGCUCCUGCUCUGGCCACUGCCUGCUGCCCUCAGACCCCGUCGCCUCCGGAGCCCGGCAGUGCUGGGCCCUGUGUGUGGGCCAGUUUCUGUUUGGUGUGACAAGGAUGCACAGCUUCACCUGCAGGAGCCAGACCCUCUGCUGCCUCGCCCCUCGCCAGCUCUGUUCUCCAGAAGGAUAUUGUCCUGUGUUAAAGGUGAAGAGGACAGCGACUGUAUUCCAAAUAAUUGAGCCCGAGGGCAGCGUGUGGUCAGCCUGCCCAGGGAGAGUCGUGUCACCCAAGGGCAGGGGCAGUUCUCUGCCAGCAGGGCAGUCGGAAAGGGCCUGGCUUUGGCCUUUGUUCAUCUUAUGUCUUUUCUAGGAUUCGAAUAUUUAAUAUGCCCAGUCCUAAGGAUUUAAAGUAUUUAUACCAAAUCUCCCAGCGGUUGGCAAGUUGUUUAUUUUGUGUCAUUUCUUCCAGGACCGACCUGUUCUGAUCUCCAAGCAGGCGUUUCUUUCCUUUUAGGGAUAUCUAAGAUCUGCAUCCUGUUUUUGAAAAGAACCCCAGUAACUUCCCUGUGUCCUUCUGAAUGAAAAGUAAAGGUUUUAUAUGAUGAAAAGUGAGUGACUCUUACAUCACUAGGACAUUCAACCCCAUUUAUCUUCUGUGCAAAUAUCAAGACAGCACACUUGGAAAAUCAUGGCCAAAGGAAAAAGCCUGCGCGGACCCUUGAUCAGCCUUUACCUGGGUAAUAACGACCACUGUAUUUACUAUGAAUCCUUUUUUAAAAAAGAAAUCUUUGUAUAAAUGCUGAUGUAUUUCCAAAAACGACUCAGAAAAUACAAAGAUUUUCCAGUGCUUAAGAUGUUAGGCCUACUAAAGACAACGUUUUCUUUAAUCAAUUUUAUGUUUUAAAAGUUUAUCUACUUUUUUCUUUCUUUCUUUUUCUUUUUUCUUCUUCUUUCUUCUUUCUUCUCCCCCCCGCCCCCAGUACUAGGGAUUUAACCCAGGGCCGCUGUACCACUGAGUACUCCCCAACCCUUAUUUUAUUUAUUUAUUUAUUUUUUUGAGACAGGAUCUCACUAAAUUGCUCGGGCUGGCUUCAAACUUGCCAUCCUCCUGCCUCAGCUUCCUGAGUAGCUGGGAUUACAGCAAAAGUAAUUCUUUGGUCCAGAGUUGAGUACUUCAGAAUUCACAGGACACAUUUGUUUAUUUAUUGAUUUUUCACUUUCACUAUUUUUGCUGCAGUUAAUCCUGGCAGUCCAGCUGGGAACUAUGGAGGUACUGUUGCUAUUUAUAGAGAAGAACCAAGGCUCAGAUGAAAGGACUUUUCUGUGUUGACUGUCAUUCCUGUUCUAGGACAUUUUCCACUCUCCUAUGAGAACAUGGGCAUUUCAGUAUUUAUGUUAUAGGCAUAGGGUUUUUAAAAAGAAAUCCUUAACACUGAUAAGGGCUUAAAAAUAUUAUGCCCAUAUUAAAUUACAGAAAUGAGAGUUCUUAAUUGCUAAAUGACAGAGGCACUGGCAGUUUCAUUUAGGGGUCAUCUCUUGAUUUUGUUCCUUUCUGGAAAUUUUUAUAGAAGUAAUUUGCAAACUCAGCUGGGGACUGCUUGAAAAUGUUGGACACGUCAGGUAACUGUGAAGAUAGUUCCAUCCCCGUGUGUGUGCGGUGUGGGUGUUUUUGUUUGUUUGGGGUUUUUUUUGUAGUUGUAGGUGGACAGCAUGUCUUUAUUUCUUUAUUUUUAUGCGGUGCUGAGGAUCCAACCCAGGGCCUCACACAUGCUAGGCAAGCGCUCCACCACUUAGCUACAGCCCCCCACCCCCCGUUUUUCUAAGGAUUGUAUCAGUGUUUUUUGAAAGAGGAUACUUUAAAAACUUAUUACCCCAAAACUUCAAUCUGGAAUGUCUUACAUUAAGAAUUUCUUGAAUGUUGUGUAUAUAUUUUAAAAAGCACUUUGUGAAAUAGUUUGUACAUUUAUUUCCUAAUUUAUACAUGAUUUUCAGUGUUAAUAUAUUUAUUGAUUAAUAACAGAAUGUUUAUUCAAUGUUUGUCCACUUUUAUGUAAUAUUGUGGGGAACAGUGUUGCCAACAGUUAUUUCAUUGGCUGUAUUAUGUCUUCUCUUCUGUAACGUGAACGUUUGAAAGUUGGGCUAAAUGAACUGUCGUGCGGUGCGGA